AAGAGUCUGGUCACAGUGGAAUCCUAGACCUGCGCUCCACACAAAUGUUCCUACCACCGCGUCCCCAACCAAUCUCAGCAAAUGAAGAGUUGUUACAACUGUGUUAAUACGUAAUAUUAAACGAACCCUUUUCCCGCUCUGGAGCUUGCAACAUCGUGAGGUAGUGCAAUUUUAGAGGGUUUACGCUUAAUGCGCCAUUACUCUUGAACAGCGUGCAAAUAACGCAGAUAUUAGGGUAUCAACCUGCAAUCAGGGCUUCAUUCUACAGUAAGGUAGUGAUCUGUUUGCAUAGAAUCUUGCCGCCAAAAUGGCUUCAAGUGGUCCAGCUCCAUCUAUGAAAAAAAGGGAAUCUUCUGGAUCGAGAGAAGGGAAUCAGCUAAUCAUCACACCAUUGGGCGCAGGCAAUGAAGUGGGUCGUUCCUGUGUUUUCAUGUCUUACAAGAACAAGACUGUUCUUUUUGACUGUGGUAUCCAUCUUGCAUAUUCAGGCAUGGCUGCUUUGCCUUACUUCGAUGAAAUAGAGCCUUCAACCAUUGAUGUACUUUUGGUCACACAUUUUCACCUGGACCAUGCAGCUUCACUUCCAUAUUUCCUAGAGAAGACCACAUUCAAGGGCCGGGUUUUUAUGACCCAUGCUACUAAGGCUAUUUACAGGCUGAUUUUAUCAGAUUAUGUGAAAGUUAGCAAAGGUUCUGUUGAGGACAUGUUGUAUAAUGAGCAAGAUAUAAUACAAUCCAUGGAUAAAAUUGAGGUGAUCGAUUUCCACCAGACACUGGAAGUGAAUGGUAUUCGCUUCUGGUGCUAUACUGCUGGACAUGUACUCGGUGCUGCAAUGUUCAUGGUUGACAUCGCCGGGGUUCGUGUUCUUUACACAGGUGACUACUCGAGAGAGGAGGACCGCCACCUCCGUGCUGCUGAGCUCCCACAAUUCUCACCUGACGUGUGCGUCAUAGAGUCAACCUAUGGUGUACAGCUCCAUCAGCCACGUGUUGUGCGUGAAAAACGUUUCACUGAUGUCAUUCAUAAUACUGUAGCUCAAGGUGGUCGGGUCCUUAUACCUGCCUUUGCCCUCGGACGAGCUCAAGAACUUCUGCUUAUACUUGAUGAGUAUUGGUCAGCCCACCCUGAACUCCAUAACAUCCCUAUAUAUUAUGCUUCGCCACUUGCUAAGCGUUGCAUGGCAGUGUACCAAACCUACAUUAAUGCAAUGAAUGAAAGGGUGAGGGCGCAAUUCGAGGUUUCCAACCCCUUUGAUUUCAAGCACAUCUCGUCACUCAAGAGCAUUGAGAACUUGGAUGAUGUUGGGCCUUCGGUUGUCAUGGCCAGCCCAGGUGGAUUGCAGAGUGGCCUCUCUAGGCAGUUGUUUGAUAUGUGGUGCCAGGACAAGAAGAAUGCCUGUGUUAUACCUGGUUAUGUUGUUGAAGGGACCCUGGCUAAGACCAUCAUCACUGAGCCCAAGGAUGUGACACUUAGUAAUGGGCUUACAGUGCCUUUGAACAUGCAGGUCCAUUACAUUUCUUUCUCAGCACACGCUGAUUAUGGCCAGACCUUUGAAUUUUUAAAGGAUCUCAUGCCUCCAAACAUAAUCCUCGUUCAUGGUGAGGCAAAUGAGAUGGGGAGGCUGAAGCAAAAGCUCCUUGCACAAUUGCCUGAUAAAAACACAAAAAUCCUCACUCCAAAGAACUGCCAAACUGUUGAGAUGCAUUUCAAUUCAGAGAAGAUGGCAAAAGCAAUAGGCCAGUUAGCUGAAAAGAUUCCAAAAGAAGGUGAACAUGUAAAUGGGUUGCUUGUCAAGAAAGGCUUCACAUAUCAGAUAAUUGCGCCAGAGGACCUCCACAUAUUUACGCAGUUAUCAACUGGAAACAUAGCCCAAAGGAUCUCAGUCCCUUAUGAAGGUGCAUUCAGUGUGAUAAGGCACCGAUUAAAGCAAAUAUAUGAAAGUGUAGAGCCGUUGGAUGACCCAACUGAAAGUCCCCCAGCUCUUCUUGUCCACGAUCGAGUUACAGUGAAGCAAGAAAACACUAAAUGUGUCUCAAUACAGUGGUCCACAGACCCAAUAAGCGAUAUGGUCUCUGACUCAGUCGUGACUGUCAUUUUGAAUAUAAAUAGAGGAAUUGCAAGAGUGGGGGUAAUGGGAGAGGGGGUCACCGAGGAAGAGAUGGAGAGGACAGCUGAGAAGGUGGUUUUGGCACUUCUUAAUUCACUCUUUGAUGAUGUGAAGAGGGUGGCUGGAGAGGAAGGGAAGAUGGUGGUUUCGAUUGAUGGGGUUGUUGCAACUGUUGAUAGCAAAAGUGGGGUUGUGGAGUGCGAGAAUGAGGGUCUCAAGGAGAGGUUGAGGACUGCUCUUCGAAGGAUCAAGAGUGCCGUGAAGCCGAUCCCUCUUCAGAAGUCGUUUUUUGCUUCUGAGGAAGAGAAGAAUUUUAAUUGAACUGGCUCCAGGCUUGGUGCGGCUUGAUCACCUGACUAGCUCAUAGUAGCCAUCUGGUCGUUGUAAAGAUACUCAUUUCUUUCCCUAUCUUUAAAGAAAGAAGGAAUGUGGAUAAAUAUAUGGGGGAAAAAAAUAUGAAUUGAAGGACAUUGACACAAUUUCGCUGUAUCUUAAUAUUGUGGUUUAAGUUGUUUGAAAAUGUGGAUUUAUGA